AUGGCUGAACCAAAUCUUAUUCAAUCACCCGACAAAAAAAAUAUGACCGAUCUUAAUAAACCGUCAACCUACACGCAAUCCAUACUUACACAAACUACAAAUACUCCAAGCUUCGCAUCAAAAGUAGCCUCCAAACAACUACCAAAAAGAGAAUUAGCCAUAGUAUUCAACACUAUCGAAAAUAUACCACAAAUAGAAUAUCUUAUCGCUCUUUCCAAAUUAAUCUCACCGAAAGACAUUACCUAG